UUCGGUCGCGCGCGCGGGAAAGGUGUCAGGGCGCGUCUUCCUCGUGGCGUUAGUGGCCAGUCUUCCAGUGCGUGCUUUCAUCGAGAAGAUUUUGAAAUUAAAUAAAUCAAAUCCAGAGCAUACUGCAAUAUCGGGCAUUUCUAAGCCGUUCAAUAAAAAACGGAGAAUUUUCAAAUAUUCGUAAAGAAUUACUAUUUCCUUUUUAAUUCGAUUAAUUAAGGGUUCAAACCAGGAGCGCAGAAAUGUUGAGACGGCUAAACGGCUGGUUUAUACCGGCGGUCGCGUUCUUCUUCGCAACAUCGUGCUAUGGUGCUGCCCCGACUGAGCCUCAUGCCGCCCUGAUCCUGGCACCAAAGGACGUGGAAAUGGUAAAGGGAGGCUCUGCGCCGCUCGUCCUUACGCUCCGCGGCGAGAUCACCAGCUGUGUAAACGUGACCUUUACCUCCGAACCCAAGCAACUGACGGAGGAACUGGAACCCUUCUGGCUGUGCGACGCCGAGAAUGGCACGUCCUGGCAGGUCAUCCUCAACUCCACCACCGUCGGGAAGACUGUGGUUCGGUUGCACACUCUCCCGCCGGGGCUCGUCAGCACGGAGGACGCCUUCGUGCGGCUGGCGGUGAUCGUCGACCCCGGACUCAACGUCUUCGGCGACGUCCUGGGCUGGGUCUACACGAUCGCCUGGGACAUCUCCUUCUUCCCGCAGAUCGUGCACAACUGGCGCAGGAGGAGUGUCAUCGGCCUGAGCUUCGACUACCUGGCUUUCAACUUCAUUGGGUUCUUCUCGUACUUCCUGUUCAACAUGGGACUUUUCUGGAUUGAUGAAAUUCAG